UAUGUUCUGAAAUAUUUCACCCAUUACGAAAAAAGUGCGCGCACACAGGUCCCCCCUCCGCUCGCGUGAGCGCGCGCUCUGACGUCAGCGCCUUGCCGCGCAAUGAUGAUGGCGGUGCGUGCACGCGCAGUUCAAGUAAUGGCUGCUCUGGAACGGCGGGUGCCUUGUCUCGAUGAUUUCGUGGGCCAGAACUGGAGCGCCUGGGCGGAACGAGCCAACCUGACGGCAUCGGAGGGGUCUGAUGCCGAUGAACACAGCAAGAAUGGCAAAAAAGCGAUGGAAACCAUGACACUGAGGAAAGAGGAUAUGUCCAUCUUUGGUCAUUAUCCUGGGCACGAUGACUUCUACCUGGUGGUGUGCGGCCAUUGCAGUCAGGUGGUGAAGCCUCAGGCAUUCGAGAAGCAUUGCGAGAGGAGACAUGGCCCUCUGGGUAAGCUCUAUGCACACCUCCGCUCCACCCCAUCUCCACUGCAGCAACAGAGACCCCGCCAUGGACACACCCCGCCUUCCCAUGGAACCUCCUCUUGGAGUGGAAGAAAUCAGAAUGCUGGGCCGCCACGGGUGUCUCCGCAGUCUCCAUCCACUCUGCCGCAGUUUAGACACACAAAGCCUCCGAAAGAUGGAGUUUGGCACUCGGAUAAGACUUCCAACCCUGGUCAUUCGGAAACGUCUGUAUUUAAGCAGCCUCCACCCAUCGAACCUCCAUGGAGCUCCCCUCUCCAAACUCAUAGGGACCCCCCAUGGCCCCAUGGAGGCCCGUCGCCCAGUCGGCCUUCCUCUACUGAGAAGCCCCAAUCCCAGAAAGGGGAGGCCGCUUCGGCCCCUGUCGCCACCGGACACCUCCGUGGGCCAAGGAUGAACAAGGUGGUACGUGAAAAAGAAUGUCACCUCGACAAGCACUGUGGUGUGAUGGACCCAGAGAGAAAGAAAGUCUGCACUCGACUUUUGACAUGCAAUAUCCAUUCCAUUCAUCAGAGGAGGAAGGUGCAAGGCAGGAGUAAAAACUUUGACCAGCUGGUGGCAGAGCUGAAGAUGAGUUCAAAGGCUCGUGAGCGGGUUUCUCAGGCACCAGAGAGUUCUGCUGCUCAGUCUGUAAGUCCAGAACCUCCCAGAGAUACAGCUGCACCCCCUCUGUGUCGGAGACCUCUCACAAACAGCCCGGCCUUCAGAACGCCAACAUUAUGUGAAAGUGUGGAGGAGGAGAAACCUCAUCCUGAGGAUGAGAGCACACAGCCGCACUCUCCUCUCACCCAGAGCCAUAUCUCAGGUGAUGAGAGUGAAGGAGAUGGGAAUGAUGACCCGGCAGACUGGCACUCAACUCCAUGGCAUCCAAAACCAGCUGCGCUUUGUUCAUUUGGCAGUCAUGCUCUGGGCCACAGCGUCUUCACUUUCGACCGCCGGUUGCACCAUUUACGGUCUGCCAUGAAUGUCAUGGUGGAGAACCACCUCAGCGCACAUCUUUGGAAAAAAAUACCUCAAGCAUCAGAUUCCCAAUCCCAGAGCCCCUCAGCCAAGCCUGCAGCUGUUCUGGCCUCUCCUUCCAUUUCCCAGCAUUCCAAACAGAAAACAGGAAGUCACAACCCGAACUCUCUCAAGACUUCCUUCUACUCUUUCCACGGACCAGGCAAGGAGCCAAACCCCCAGAGUUCCUCCACCAGCAAAGCUUACAUUCAGUCAGACAACUCUGGAGGGGGACAAUCAUCUACAACCCCCCCUCCUAGUAAACUCGGACGUGCCCCCUCACAGUCAGGCCCCGGGCGGCCCAAAAACCCAGUCGGUCGCCCCAGCAAGCAGCAGCUGCGCCUCAGGGAAGAAGAGCAGACGACCACCAUGGAAGCCGCAGCACUGCGCAAACGAAAAGCCUCUUUAGAUGAGUCGGACACUGUCAGCCCGGACAAAAAUUGCGGGUCCCAGAACAAGGGGCGGCUCCUCAUCAGCAAAACACCACCGUCAGCCUCUCAUGGACUAACAAACGGCUCGCUUUCGCCAGCAAGCAAGCCACGCCUCCCACCAGAGCCUCACGUGCCCUCCUCAUGGGCCUUUAAGAGAACUCACCCCCCGGCCCACCACUCGCCCCCCGAAUCUGCCCCGCACAGCCGAGGAGUAGACUCAGGACUGCACAGCAGGGUGGCCAGCUUAGAUCACAAGGGUUUGGGCAAAAAACACAAGAGCGGUGGCUCAUCUCCCCCCUCCAAAACUCACCGGCUGCCCACCUCCUCUCAUUCCGGCUUCUAUCCCUGGAAAGAAAGCAAAGGGUCGGGGCUCUCCAUAGGGGGCGAAAAGAAACUCAGCACACAAAAGCCAAAAUUGCACCACUGAGAGUGCCAGCCUUUACAAGCCACCCUACGAACUCUACCAUAUAGAAAUAUGGACGCAGGACUCCAGAUGUUUGAGUGACCGUUUGAAUUGUGUAUGUGUGUAUGUAUGUGUGUGCGCGUGCAUGUUUAGCUACUAUGAAUGUCUGUAUGUAUGUAUGUAUGUAUGUAUGCGUGUCUGUGGACAUGUUUGAAUUAAGAUGGGGGAGUGAAUUUCUCUGUGAAUUCAGAAAAUACCUCAGAAUCUACUGAAUAAUGCUGCUACUUAAAUGUUGUUUAUAAAAUGGAUUAAAAUAUUCUUUAUA